AUGACUUCGGCGCCAGCUCAGAAGUCGGUGCCACUCACGUGCUCUGGCCACACGCGUCCAGUGGUGCACCUCGAAUUCUCGGAACUACAAGAUGAUGGCACCUACUCGCUGCUGUCGUCGUGCAAAGAUGGCAAUCCGAUGCUUCGCGAUUGGCUGGGUGACUGGGUAGGAACUUUCCUCGGCCACAAAGGCGCGGUAUGGUGCGGCAAACUUUCGGGUGGCGAUGCGUCGAUCGCUGUUACCGGGUCGGCCGACUUUUCAGCCAAAGUAUGGGAUACGUUCACAGGAGACUGUCUGCACACGUUUCCGCACAACCACAUUGUGCGUACGGUCGCGAUCAACGGGGUGGGUGAGAAAGUGGUGACGGCAGGGCACGAGAAGAAGUUGCGAUUGUUCGAUCUGCAUCGGCCGGAUGCGGAAGCGCUGUUGUUCCGCAAAUCGGCCGGAGGCGACUUGGCGCACGAUGGGGUGAUCAAGAGUUGUGUCUGGCAUCGUGGAAGUGCGGAAAGUAGCGUAGUGAGUGCGGGCGAGGAUAUGGUGGUUCGAUGGUGGGAUACACGUUCGUUAGCGCAGGUUUCCGAGAUGACGUUCUCGGAACCGAUCACGUCGAUGGAACGAAGCGCGGGAGUUUGGGGCGAGCUGCUGACAGUGACUUCGGGUAAACAGGUGUUUUUCAUAGACGCAACGACGCGCGAGGUAAGGAAAAAACACUCGCUCUCGAUCCCGAUCAGUUCAGCUUCGCUCCAUCCCACACUAGCCGACCGCUUCGUUGCCGGAAGCAGCGCCGACGGCUGGGUGCGCAUCUUCGACCUGGAAUCAGGUCACGAAAGAGAACUCAACAAAGGCCAUCAUGGUCCUGCACAUGCAGUCAGCUAUUCCCCAGACGGUGAGCUCGCCGCCAGCGGCAGCGAAGACGGAACGAUCAGAUUGUGGCAGACCUGGCCGAGCAAGAAGUAUGGCUUGUGGACGUAA